UAUAUAAAGUUUUUAACAAUGCCAAAGAAGUUAAAAAAGACACCAGAACAGUUGCAGAGGAAGGAGGAGGUCAGACAGAAUAGGAGGGCCAAGCGUGUUGCAAAGAAGGAGGUGAAGAAGAAGCUUCAGACACAGAAGGAGAUUAAUAUGGCCUUGCAACGUGCAAAGAGGGACAAGACAAAGUACAACAAGAACAAGGAUAGAAACAAGGAGCGUAAGGCAUUGGCAAAGCAGCGCGAGGAGGAGUUCAAGGCCAAGUUGGAGGCCGACCCCGAGCUCAAGCGCAAGCACGAGGAGCGUAAGGCGGAGAUCAAGCAGCUCAAGGCUGCCAAGAAGGAGAAGAACACCCAGCCAACCAAGCACAUGAUCAAGAAGCAUAAGAAGGCCGUCGAGCUCAACUCGCUUCUGAGGGUCGAGGAGAAGUUCGAGGAGACCAUCAAGAUUAAGGUUGUGCUCAAGCCCGUCAAGUUCAACGACGACGACUUGUUCAAGUUCAAGAAGAACUUCCUCAAGUUCAACGGGCUCGAUGCCAUCACCGAGACCAAGGAGUACACAAUCCCCGAUCACAUCCUGGGCGAGAUCAAGCUGAGCGACCCCGGCCCUCAGCGUUUCUUUGAGGACACCAAGAUCCCCAUUGCCACCGACGACAACUGGGACAAACUGCACAAGUUGGCCAAGGUCUUCCUGAAGAAGAUCGGCUCGCUGCGCCCAACCCAGCUGCAGCAGCACGGCUGGCCACUCAUCCUCACUGGCCGCGAUUUUGUCUCGGUGUCACCCCUGGGCUCUGGCCGCAUGGCCACCUACCUCGUGCCAAUGAUCUCGCACAUAUUUGACCGCGUCAAGAAUAACUCGUUCGUGGCCGACAGCCCAUGCACGCUGAUCCUGCUGCCCAACAAGGAUCUGGUGCGUCAGACCUUCCUGCUGACUGAGAAGAUGGACAACAACCUGGGUAUCACGUCAUACCCACUCUACUCUGGCGUCGACAAGCAGGCACAGAUCGAUAAUAUCAAGGCAAGGAAGCCACACAUCAUCAUCUCGACGCCUGAGCGCAUCGUCCAGUUCAUCGACAUGGGAGUGAUGAACCUCAACGGUGUCACAAUGUUGGUGGUCGAUCGCAUUGAGAAGAUGGCACAGCUGGACCUCGUCUACAAGGUCAAGAUGAUCAAGACACAGAUCAGACCCGAUGCCCAGACCCUCCUCUUCAGUCUCACCAGCUCAGACGCCAUCAAGGAGCUCGAGAGUGAGUGGCUUAAGGCCCCAUACUUCAAGCUCAACAGUGGCUCCGAGACCCUUAGCGAGCUCAAUCAAGUCAAGCAGAAGACACGUGGAAUGAAGUUCGCCAAGAAGAUGAGACAUUUGUUCAAGCGCGAGGACCGCCCAUCGCCACUCACGGUCAAGACCGUGGUGUUCUUCAACCAGAUCGAGCAUCUGGUGCAGGCCUCAGUCAGAAUCAAGAAGAAGAGAGUGUCAUACCUGAUGAUCCACGGCAAGAUGGAGCAGGACGAGAUCGACAACGUGCUCGAGACAUUCAAGCGCAGCGACAAGAAGUUGCUGCUGACCACAGACAUCAUCCCACGCGAAUACCAGUUUGAGAAGCUGGGUCGUAUCAUCAACUUUGCCCUGCCACUCACACUUGAGCAGUACACAUACCGCGUGACCAGAGGCUACAGGAAGGCCCACUACGUCGAGGUGCUCAACUUUGCCACACAUCACAACCUGCAGCUGAUUCCCGAGCUGGCCGAGCAUCUGGAGGAGCACCGCCACGUAGUGCCCAUCCUCUUCAAGAAGACCUGCAACCUUCAACUGGGCACCGACUUCCACAUGGUGCAGCGUGUCAAGAAGAGAGAGGAGCGCGAGAGGAGGCUGAAUGCUGCCGCCUACGACAACAAGUUCUCCUCAUCAGAGGAUGAGAAGGAGGACGACAAGAAGAUGAAGGACGAUGACUCUGACGACGAGAAUAAGAAGGACAAGAAGAUGAAGGAUAGCAGUGACAGCGAGAGCAAAGACGAUAACGACUCUGACUCGGAUUCAGACUCUGACUCUGACUCUGAUGGCGAGGACACAAAGAAGACGGCCGUUGCUGUCAAGAAGGACAAGAUGGUCGUGGACAACAAGAAGAAGGACGACGAGAGUGACUCAGAUUCGGAUUCAUCAAGUGAUGAAUCGGACAAGGAGUCGGACAAGGAGGAGUCAGAGUCAGAAUCUGAGUCCGAGUCUGAAUCUGAGGACGAGAAGGAUAAGAAGCAGCCGCUGAAAGGCAAGUCCACUACCACUACUUCAAAAACCACUACCAAGAGUAGUGAUGACGAUGACAGCAGUAGCAGCAGCAGUGAUUCUGAUUCU